AAUUUGUCCCUUCGUUCUCUGCAUCGCGUCCUCCAAGAAACUUCUUACUUUGGCGCACUCCACUCAUGCUCGCCACUAUAUAAAGCAAUCCCUUUUGUCUACUACGAUCCGGGCACACACACUCAGUUUCUACUUUGCUCUGAGUGUCCUUCGAGUGUUUUUAGCUUCCAAAUCAAAAGUUAGAGCAAAUAUCAUUCUCAGUCUUUGAAACCCAAGAGACAUGAAGAAGUUGGUGGUGAAAGUGGACUUACAUGAUGACAGAGACAGGAGCAAGGCCAUGCGAGUAGUUUCUGGUUUUGGAGGAAUUGGGUCUCUGGCUAUGGAAUCGAAGGACAACAAACUAACAGUAUCGGGCGAUUUUGACCCGGUCAAGGUGGUGAACAAACUGAGGAAAUCUUGGCACACAGAAAUCGUGAACGUUGGAGCAGCCAAGGAAGAUGAUGGCAAGAAAGACGAGGGAAAGAAAGAAGAGGGCAAGAAGGACGAUCAAGUCGCCAAUCUCGUAAAAGCCUAUGAAGCAUACUAUCCUAUGCCGGUCACAUAUUACUGUCUGCCCCCUGAAGAGACCCCAAGAUGUGUCAUAUGUUAAAAUUCUUUGUGCUUCCGGACCGAAUCAGGACAUGGUUUGUGCACUGGAGAGGAAUGAAUAAGUAAGGUUGAUUAUGCCUUGUGAACACAAGAACAAGCGGAGUAAAGGAGUACCUUUACGAGAAUAUCAGGCUUUUAUUGCGUGGUCCGGCACUUGCACGUGCGUUGGGUGUAUAUGUAAAGAGAUUGGUUUUCACUUAGGAACUCAAGGUAUGGAAAAUCCAUUAUGUACUCCAUUUCAGCAAACGAUUGUUUUCGGUGACUGGAAUAUUAUUAUUCUGCUGAAUUAUAAU